AAAGUGCACUGAGACGCUACAAUUUAAAAAAUUCAUUGGUAUUUCCAACAGUAUGGGUAUUGACAUGAGCAGACCUUCUCCAAACCAACAGACAUGCCAAGGUGGGCACCUGCUGAUCCAUAUGAAGAUGGAUGUUAUAACAAGAGAGGGUGGACAACAGACUUUGACUUUAAGGUGUUCUUUAUGUGAAAGUGUGUUAAGGAUGAGUGAUGUCAGUAGAUCUGAACUCAUCAAUCAUUCAGUAGUAACUGCUGCAGGCCAAACUUUGCAAAAUAGCCAGGAAACAAAUCAAACAGACACCAACAUUCUAGAAAGAGAGUCUAGUUUUGACAACUUUGCAAUAAAGACAGAAUUAGUUUCUACUGAGGGAAAAUAUGAAGAUGACAUUGGCUUAGAUAUGCAUGUUGAAAGUUAUGAGGAAAUCCAGCUUGAUCUUGGCAAUAAUAAUCAAGCAAAUAGUGCAGCAAAAUCUAACCAGGUGCUGCCUUUGGCUAACAAUACAGAAGAAGCUGGUACUUCAUCUGUUCAACAGAUUAUUUCUGACACAAGAAGAUCCAAUGCACCUUCUGGAUUUGAAGAACCACUAUGUAAAUUUUGCAAAUCAACUGAAGGAGAGUUUGGAGAAAGUUUUAUAUGGGGCCACAUGUGUAAGAAAUUAAAAAGCAUACUUUUCAUCUGUUCUGUCUGCAAUGAAUAUUACGGCAGCUGUAACCUUGUGACAGAAUGUGAAAGCAAACACAGACGUAUAAAAAACAAUUGCAACAAGGAAGAGUUUAAGUGUAUGGUUUGUGGCAUAAAAUUUGCAGAUUUAGGAGAAACAAAAAGGCAUGAAUUUUGUCACAAUUCAAAUGAUUCUGAAGUGCUCUCUGAUACCUCUUUAGAACCUGAAUUAAACGACUCAAGAUUUCACGGACCUGAAACAGAAAACCAUCACACACAGAAGUUUCAAGUCAUGGCACUGCCGGCACCAUCAAACAGCAGACAUGUGCCAUCCCGCGAAAACCAGCAAUUGACGCAGGGUGCACAAAUUCUACCACCUAUCAUCAGUCCACAAGAAAUAGAAGAGAUUAAACAUAAGUCGUUCAAACCUGAAAGUUUCUGUGUUGCAUUAAUGGCAAAGAUAUUUAGUAGGGUGGAGCGGUCAGAGAAGGACACAAAUGUUUUGGGAAUAAAAAAACUGAAAAAAUUAUGUCCAGUUUGUAUACAGUUCAUUAAAGACUGUGUUCAUCAAAAUUAUCCCAAGCAUUUUCAAAAGGAACCUGGAAAGACGUGGUCUCGAUGUGUAGGUGCCAUGAACAAUGCCAACAGAUCUUUAAGAUUUAAAGAUGCACAGUUCAAGAUUUUUCUGCAAAAAACUCGAAAAAACUCAAAAAAGUGAAAGACUUGAUGGAGUGAGUUUCCUAUGAUAAACUUUAUUUUCACCCAACUUACCAACUUCACCAUUAUGCAAGUGACUCAAAAUAAGAAACCUACCAGUAGAACUUAAAAUAGAUCGUAGCUCUGUGGACAGUAUGGUGAACACGUAAGGUGUUGAAAGUUGAAUGUUUGCUGAAUUGAGGUGCAACUGUAAUUGUGUGGGUUUAAGACGUUUCAACAGACUUAAAGGACUUAAAAGAUUCGUUUUUAGUAGAAGUGAAAUGACCAAAUUCAUUAGAACCAUAAAAUAAGAAAGCUUAAAGUUAUUCUGUAAAUGUGACGUGAAGUUGAGGAAUGAUAUUGCUUCUGUGCCGUUAGGACUGUCAUUGUUUUAUUUAAACGAAAUAUGAUUAUGCAAUAACAUUCAUCUCAAACUUUAGACCUUUAAGUAGUUAAAAUUAGUUUGAGUUUGAAAAACAACCUGAGCUGCAAUAAAAGAGAAAUGUUACUUUG